ACUCAAGACAACGUUGACGUUGACGUUGGCAUUAACAAUAAUUAUAUAUUCGUUUCGAUAUAGGAAAAAUAAGAACUCAUUGGCGGGGUAUUUUAUAUGACAAAACAGCGCAAACAAAUCGUCGGAAAAGGCACGCACAACGGAUCGAAUCAGUUGUAUCACACGAAAUAUAGAAAACUUUAGAGUUUUGUCUAUCCUCUUCCCCCCCGUACGGCCCCGGCAUUAAAGAUGAGUCAAGUGCCCUGCUAUACAAUUAUCAAUUCCCCCGAUCUGGAGGUGCCCAAUGAGAUGCAGCUAAAGCAGGAUCUCGAAAAGGGUGACACGAAUCAGAAAAUUGAGACCCUCAAGAAGGUGAUCAAACUGCUGUUGAAUGGCGAACGUUAUCCGGGUCUGAUAAUGACCAUUAUCCGAUUUGUGCUUCCCGUUCAGAAUCAUACAAUUAAAAAAUUGUUGCUAAUCUUUUGGGAAAUUGUGCCAAAGACAUCGUCGGAUGGCAAACUGCUGCAGGAAAUGAUAUUGGUGUGCGAUGCCUACAGGAAGGAUCUGCAACAUCCGAAUGAGUUUUUGCGUGGCUCGACACUUCGUUUCCUCUGCAAACUGAAGGAACCGGAACUGCUGGAGCCUCUGAUGCCUGCCAUUAGAGCCUGUCUUGAUCAUCGUCAUUCGUAUGUGCGUCGCAAUGCAGUCUUGGCCAUAUUUACGAUCUAUAAGAAUUUCGAUUGGCUGGUACCCGACGGUCCCGAAUUGAUAGCCAAUUUCCUGGACACUCAACAGGAUAUGUCGUGCAAGCGGAAUGCUUUCCUCAUGCUCCUCCAUGCAGAUCAAGAGCGUGCUCUCAACUAUCUGGCAUCGUGCAUUGAUCAAGUGAAUAGCUUUGGUGACAUCUUGCAAUUGGUCAUUGUGGAGCUGAUCUAUAAAGUUUGCCAUGCCAAUCCUGCGGAGCGUUCUCGUUUUAUACGUUGUAUUUACAAUCUGCUGAACUCCUCCUCGAAUGCGGUCAGAUAUGAAUCGGCUGGCACUCUGAUCACCUUGUCAUUGGCUCCGACGGCCAUCAAGGCUGCUGCCAGUUGCUAUAUCGAGCUAAUUGUCAAGGAGAGUGAUAAUAAUGUGAAACUGAUUGUACUCGAUCGUCUGAUUGCCAUGAAGGAGAAUGAGAAUAUGGAGAAGGUUAUGCAGGAUUUGGUAAUGGAUGUGCUGCGCGUGCUGGCCGCUCCCGACAUCGAGGUGAGGCGGAAAACUCUUGCCCUGGCCAUGGAUUUGGUCUAUUCGCGGAAUAUUGGCGAAAUGGUAUUGGUUCUCAAGAAGGAAGUGGCCAAGACACACAAUGUCGAGCACGAGGAUACGGGAAAGUAUCGCCAAUUGCUUGUAAGGACACUGCACACAUGCUCCAUCAAGUUCCCGGAUGUGGCCGCCAAUGUUAUACCCGUAUUGGUGCAUUUCCUAUCCGAUACCAAUGAGCUGGCUGCUGCUGAUGUUCUAAUCUUUAUACGGGAGGCCAUCCAGAAAUUCCCAGCUCUGCGUGCUCUUAUUAUUGAGCAUCUAAUUGAGGCUUUCCCUCAAAUCAAAUCAUCGAAAAUUCAUCGGGCUGCUGUUUGGAUUUUGGGUGAAUAUGUGGAGGGACAACAGAUUCUUGAGGUCAUACAAGCCAUACAACAGGCUCUCGGUGAAAUCCCUAUGGUGGAGGCAGAGCAGAAACGUUUGGCCGGCGACCAGACCGAUGACCAGGGCCAGAAGGUUGAUGGUGGAGCUGGCAAUGGAUCGAGCACCACCAGCGACUCGAAUGCCACCAAUAAGGUCACCUCGGAUGGCACCUAUGCCACCCAAAGUGCUUACAGCCUGGCACCUGUCACCAAGAAGGAGAAGCGUCCUCCAUUGCGUCAAUAUCUGAUGGAUGGUGACUUCUUUAUUGGAGCCGCUCUAUCGGCCACUUUAACCAAAUUGGCACUACGGUAUUCCGAUGUCCAGACAGAUCCACGGGCCCAGAAUCGUUUGACCACCCAAGUGAUGCUGAUAAUGAGCUCGAUUCUGCAUUUGGGUAAAUCCGGUUUCCCAAGCAAACCCAUUACCAACGACGAUGUGGAUCGCAUUUUCAUUUGCCUGCGCACGCUCAGUGUACGCACUCCGGAAGCUGUCUCUGUAUUUAGGCUAUAUUGUCGUGAGGCUUUGGGCAAAAUGUUGGAUGCCCAGCAGGAAGAGGAUCAGCGUGUGCUCAAGGAGAAGCAACGUGCUGCUGCCAAGGUGCAGCCGGAUGAUCCUGUUGCGUUUGCACAGCUCUCGAAUGGCCGGGAUAAUCAACUGGGCGAAAAUGUUUUCGAAUCCAGCUUGAAUCAGGCUUUGGCUGGCAGUAAAACUGCCCAACUUAGUGACAUUGCCUCGCCCAACAACAAAUUGAACAAGGUCACCCAAUUGACUGGCUUCUCAGAUCCAGUCUAUGCAGAGGCCUAUGUAAAUGUCAAUCAAUAUGACAUUGUGCUCGAUGUUUUGAUUGUCAAUCAGACGAAUGACACAUUGCAGAAUUGCACUUUGGAGCUGGCCACAUUGGGUGAUCUGAAGCUUGUUGAGCGCCCACAUCCAGUUGUAUUGGCUCCACAUGAUUUCUGCAAUAUUAAGGCCAACGUAAAGGUCUCAUCCACAGAGAAUGGCAUCAUUUUUGGCAAUAUCGUUUACGACACAGCCCUCAAUACAAAUGUCGUGGUACUUAACACCAUACACAUUGACAUUAUGGACUAUAUCAUUCCGGCCAGUUGCACCGACACGGAAUUCCGUCAAAUGUGGCAAGACUUUGAAUGGGAGAACAAGGUCACAGUGAACACAACAUUCACAGAUUUACAUGAAUAUUUACGGCAUUUGCUCAAGAGCACCAAUAUGAAGUGUCUGACGCCCGAGAAGGCUCUGUCCGGUCAAUGUGGUUUCAUGGCCGCCAAUAUGUAUGCCAAAUCAAUUUUCGGUGAGAAUGCAUUGGCCAAUCUGAGUAUCGAGAAGCCUGUGGAUGAUCCGGAUUCAAAGGUUACAGGUCACAUACGCAUACGAGCCAAGAGUCAAGGCAUGGCUUUAAGUUUGGGCGAUAAAAUCAGCUCGUCGCAAAAGCAAUCGGUGCAAGCUGCCUAGUGGAAACAACACCACCACCGCCGCCGCCCGCACCACCACCACAAUCCAGCAUCAACACCAUUAAAUGGAUCCCGCGAGACGUAUUUAAUAUUUGUCCCAGCAUUCCGCCGGAUAAUGAUUGUUCUUCAACUUACACAUUUACCCAUUACAAUAAUGCAUAAAGAAUAUAUUAUACCCUAACCUAA